AUGAGUCAUGGUUUUGGAAUCAGAAUCAGAAAUUCUAGAAAAGAUGAUGAUAACCAAAUGUGUUAUGUAAAAUUGGUGUGUUCUCGUGAGGGCAAGUAUGUGUCAUCCAUACCACCAGAAAUAAAGACUCAACCCACCCAAAGAAAGCAAUGUCUUGAACGCAUAACCGCUAUUAGAAAGCAAGAUAGAUGGAUGAUAACCAGUAUCGUUCAUGAUCACAAUCAUGAAGUCAGUCAAACCAAGUCAAGGCUAAUACGAGCGAAUAAGAAGCUUAGUAUGCAAGUGAAAAGAACAUUUGACUUAAAUGACAAGGCAAGUGUGCGUCUUCACAAGAGCUUUCGCUCUUUGGUUUGUGAAGUAGGAGGAUUUGAUAACUUACAGUUUAUGGAAAGAGACGCAAGAAACUACAAUGAUCAAAAGAGACGCGCAUUGGGGAAGGAAAGUGAUAGGCAAGCUUUGUUGAACCACUUUUCAGCUAUGACAGACCUCAACAAAAAUUUCAUUUUUAAAAUUGAUAUUGGUGGAGAUAAUCGAAUAUGCAAUGUAUUUUGGGCAGAUGCAAGAAGUAAGGUUGCAUGUGUAGAUUUUGGGGAUGUUGUUUCAUUUGAUACAACUUACUUAACAAAUAAGUACGACAUGCCUUUUGCACCAUUUGUUGGUGUUAAUCACCAUAACUAA